AUGUCCUCUGAUCUUACGGGAUCUACAGCAAUAUCACAGCAACAUCAGAUAGGAGAUAACGUGCUACUUCAUCGGAAACAAAUACGACAAGAGAAUUCAAACUUUCACCCACCCACACGAAGACUAACAUACCCCGAACUUCGAUUUGGCAAUGAAGAGUUGGACGAAAUAAUCUACGGGGAAAAGAAACCCAAACAAAGUAUAUGGAGAAGAAUACUAAAUGCUAUAUUAUGUCGAAGUUGA